GCUUCGAAACACUGGUGACUCAGUGACGUGCUAUUUUUGUUUGUUUAUUUCAGAAUUUAAAAAUUUCUAGCCACAGUCAGAGUGCGUAAUUCCGUUUUAAACAUGCCGGUGGUGGAUUUAAGAGUGGACCGGAGCCUUCUCUGCCCCAACUUCGAUGGCUACAAGCUCUCAUUUGACCCGGUGCCGGUUAUCCAGCAGGAGCUGCUAUCAACGCCGCCGCUCAAGAUGCUGCCGCACUCGGAUCAGUACUCGCUGCUGCACGCAGAGGCCUUCGGCAGGCACAACAUGCUUUGUCCCGAUCCUUGGCUACGCGAGAACUGCUACUACAUAAAUAAGAGCCGGCAGGUUGUCCUCUGCUCCUACGAUGCCCAGGACGGGCGGCCGCGCCAGCAGCGUGUGGUCCAUACCGUUGAGGAGCAGGACCGUGGCGAUGGCUACCAGCAGUCAGGCGGAGCCUACAACUACACUCUGCGCUUCGUCUCGGAAAAGUACUGCGUGCUCUGCGAUGGCAUCACAAUGUAUUAUCUCCUCGACACCGGCGAUCGUUCGCGGGCCAGCUCCACAGCCUCCUGGCAGCUGCUCACCCAAACGCAGAUUAGCCAGGAGAGCGGCAACCGCGGAUUUGUGUUGUACGAUGCUCGGCUGGACGUUGUCCAGGAGCGCAAACAGAUAUCUCUGCUGGCCGGCCAUGUGGGACGUCGGGUGUCGACGCGUGCCGAUCGUGCAGAUACAUUCUACAUGGACCUAACCUGGGGCUGCUGGACACAGACGCCAACGCCCAGCGACGCGUGGUCGUACAGCAUUCGCGAGGAGCUGGACACGACUGGAUCCAUCUACUAUUGUGCCUUUGAGCCGCGUGCCGAGUCCGUGGUCUUCUCCACCAAUCGCGAGCUGCUGACAAAAUCUCAACGUGUAGCCGCACCACCGUGCGCUGCAGUGCAGCCCCAAAAUGGCGAGGACGUGGAAAUGGCGGCUGCCCCAGCAUACACCUGGACGCAGACAGACGAGGAUGUGCUGAUCCGCUUUCAUCUGCCGGCGGGGGCCACGCGCAAUGACUUCAACAUUCACAGCACCAACAGCCAACUGGAGGUGGAGUGCCUGGCAGAGACUCUCUUGACCGGAACCCUCUAUGCGAACGUGGACAGGGAUUUGACUACCUGGACGGUAGAGAAUGACUGCUUACAGUUGACUCUGAACAAGCUGCAGCAGCAGAGCUGGCCACAUCUUCUAGCGGACGGGGAGGCCGCUCUCCCAGAGGGUGAGGCGAAUGUGGACCCAUUGCCAGAUCGCUCGCUGCCGAUACCAAAUCUUGAGGAUCCCAUCGAGGACUGCGACUUGGGACUUCCCGAUGUAGACGUUAAGCUGGUGCGUUUCAAUUUGGGAUCCGGAGAUAUAACUCACACAAUUUUCUUGGGAUCGACGCCGCCACUGUUUACAACGUCGCUGCGUGCUGGCUUUCCGGCCGCCUUCGCUACAAGGCAGGGCGUAGAUGCCGCGCUGUGGCUGCAGGCGUUCCAGCCGGCCAAGCCGGGCGAGUGGUCCGUGCGCCAUGAGGGAAAUCUGCACGCCUUCGCAUAUGUGCAGGCGUCCAAGGAGCAGCGAAAGUUCACCGAUUGCUGCCCCGACCUAGACUACGCUGUGAUCUGCGAGGGCCUCCGUCACGUGCUUAUCUACAAGUCGCGCUACGAUUCCGCAGGCGGGCUGCGCAAGCGCAACGGGCCACAGGUGGUUAUUGGGAAACAGCAUCUGGUCUCCAUCAGCGACGAGGUGGGGGAAAUACUGGGCCUCUCCACAGCCAGAAAUGUGAUAACCAUCCUCACCGAAAAGGCAGUCCUGUACUUGCAGGUUUAGACUCUGCAAAUACCAUCUGACCAUGUGUAAUUAACUGAAAUUUGUUUAUUUAAAAUGCAUUUCUUGGAAAUAAAUUAAAUGUCGAA